AUGGAGGAAAUAUCUUCGAGUGUUGCAGUACCGUUUACGCUUGGAAAUUUGAUUCAGAAAGAUGCUGCGGUUACGACUCAUAUGGAGAUAACUGGAUUAAAGCUUAUGGCGAAUACUGCGGCAGCUUUGAUGUUAAAUCCUGCAGGUGGAAAUGAAAGUCACGCUGAUGUUAGUCUGCAACGGAAAAUGAUGGUAUCUGCGGAGGUAAAGGAGAAUCAAGUUGGAGUUGUUUCGGAAAUGGUGAUUGAGUGCGAGAGUAAUUGGGUUUUGAGUGAAAGCGGUAAGCAGACAAAUAAGGAAGAUGAAAUCAUGUUAGCUGUGGAUUUUCAGUGUCUGCGUGAUUCGGGCUCUCGAUCUGGGGCCGAUUCGCCAAUAAUUGUGACGGUUGGUGAUGAUAUUCAUGGAAACUUUAGUAGUAUAAACGAGGUGCUUCCGGGGCUAAAGCCAGAGCAGAAUACGGUUUCUAUUGCAAUGGAUGUUGAGAGUGAAAGUCGAUAUACAUCAGAAGAGGCUGAUCCAAAUCUAUCUGCUAUGAUUCUUGAUCAGUUGCCUGUGGAGAACAAAACGUCGAGAACAAGUAACCAGAAUGGGUUAGAAUUGAGUAAUGGUCCUCUUUGGGGUUUCUCGUCAAUUUGUGGAAAUAGACCAGAGAUGGAAGAUGCUAUUGCUGUUAAACCUCAACUUUUUCAAGUCCAUUCGCGGAUGCUUAUGGACGAUGAACACGUAAAUGAAAACUCAAAAUACUCACCAGCCCAUUUUUUCAGUGUCUAUGAUGGACAUGGGGGCUUUCAGGUUGCUAAUUACUGUCGGGAGCGUCUUCAUUCAGUAUUGAUUGAAGAGAUUGAAGCUCAACAAUCGAGUUUGGCAGAAACAAAUGGGAGAAAUGAUUGGCAGGAAGAUUGGAAGAAAGUAUUCUUCAACUGUUUUCAGAAAGUAGAUGAUGAGGUUGGAGGAAUCGGUGCAGGUAGUAGUGGAAGUAACGGCGGGGGAUCUGAGUCUAUCAUUGAACCUAUUGCUCCUGAGACUGCUGGUUCGACUGCAGUGGUUGCAAUUUUAAGUCAAACCCACAUAAUAAUUGCAAACUGUGGGGAUUCAAGAGCUGUCUUGUAUCGCGGGAAAGAAGCUAUGGCGUUGUCUGCUGACCACAAACCGAAUCGAGAGGAUGAGAGAGCAAGAAUAGAAGCUGCAGGAGGAAGAGUCAUACAUUGGAAAGGAUACCGAGUUCUUGGUGUCUUGGCGAUGUCAAGGUCCAUAGGUGAUAGAUACUUGAAACCAUGGAUAAUUCCAGAGCCAGAAGUUAAUAUUAUGCAGAGAGAGAAAAACGAUGAAUGUCUAAUUAUAGCAAGUGAUGGUUUAUGGGAUGUAAUAACAAAUGAAGAAGCCUGUGAAGUUGCAAGGAAGAGAAUCCUUCUUUGGCACAAGAAAUAUGGCGACAACGGAACAACAGUAUAUGACAAAGGAGAAGGAGGAGUUGAUCUUGCAUCUCAUUCUGCUGCAGAGUAUCUAUCUAAACUCGCCCUCCACAGAGGAAGCGGCGAUAACAUCUCUAUAAUUGUGAUAGAUUUAAAGGCUGUGAGAAAAUUGAAGAGAAAGACAUAA